AUGGCCGACGAUGACCACAAUCUCUCCCUCCCUACCCCAGAUAGUGCCCUCGGCUCACCAUCCCACUCUUACCCCUUCGCCACAUCCCCAGAUAUCAUCCGCUCCCAUGAAAAAGACACCUUCGUCACCGCAGGCCUAACCCAACAAGCCCAAACGAUCGUCCGGUCCCUAAAAGGCGCCCGCUUCGCCCACACAUACUCCGACGCAAUCAAACAUCUCACCGAACUUCUCUACCUCUCCCUCACAACGGCAAUCGGGAACCGCACCCUAGGCGAGGAAUACUGCGACCUGGUCCAGUUAGAAGAUGACUCCUUACGGUUACCAGCAAUCACCCGGCGCGUGGGAUAUAUCCUCAGCAGUAUCCUUGUGCCGUGGUGGCUUCAGCGUCUUCUCCCCGCACUCCGGUCCCGAGUCCGAAAUAAGCUCGAGAGAAAUAUUGCGCGGCAACAAUUCCGAGCGGCGCAGCAGCAAAUCCCAGGCUUAGGAAAGGCAACAAAUGCAAAUGCAAACACUAGUAGUAAUGUUAAGCAGCCGCAGAGCAAGCCGUUUUUCACCAAGUUGCGCAUUCAGCAGUAUCUUCUUGAUCAUUUGGAUUCGAUUACAUCGCUCUCGCCUAUAUAUGCGCUCAGCAUUGCGACAUUCUAUUUCACAGGCUCGUACUACCAUCUCUCUAAACGGAUCUGGCGUCUCCGGUACGUCUUCACGAAGAAGAUUGACGAGAGCGAGCAACGCAUUGGAUAUGAGGUUCUGGGUGUUUUGAUGGUUCUUCAAAUUGCCGUGCAAGGAUUCCUUCAUGCAAGGAAGAUAGGCGAGAGUAUGAAUAAUGCGGAGGCUGAGUCCGCAAGUACCGAGGCUGGUAGCGCGGGUGUCUCGUCUGAGGGUGGUGCUGUCAUUGCUUCAAUUCAGAAUCCGGCUUCUGUACCAUUAUUACCUGCUGCCACGCCUAGGUAUGAUCUUGAGGAGGAUCCGGGCGCGGUUUCAUGGAUUCCAGAGGGCCAGCAGCGGAAAUGUACAUUGUGUUUGGAGAUGUUUAAAGAUCCAAGUGUUACUACUUGUGGUCAUGUGUUUUGUUGGGUUUGUGUGAGGGAUUGGGUGCGUGAGAAGCCUGAGUGUCCGCUUUGUCGUCAGGAUGUACCGCUGUCUAAAGUUCUUCCCCUUAGGGGUUGA